GCCAGCUUGACGGGAAUAGAAUUGUUUCUUCUUUCCCCAGCGUUGACGCCCACAAUCUGGAGCUUCAGUCCCCGGUUCACAGCGUUAUCAACCGUAUCUUUCACUCUUUGACAGCAGACACUGGGCGAAGGAGACUCACUGACCAACUGGCGUCAGUCUCUUUCCUUACUUCAGCUCUUCUCCACCACUCGUGCGAUCAUGGCCAAAGACGAUAUCAAGAAUUACAACGGGGAUGUCACCACCUACGUUGGUGCGCCUGAAGGUAACUAUCCACCGCAAUUCGAGGGCACACACCACGAUGGCGAUGUCGAAAAGGCAGACGCCAUCGGCGCUCGAGACGGUCGAAUCUUGGUCGAUGGAGCCAUCGACGAAAAUGACGGUGCCGUUCAUCGUGUGCUCAAGGCCAGGCAUAUGGCCAUGAUUGCCAUUGGAGGUGCCAUCGGUACUGGUCUCUUUGUCGGUUCCGGUGAAUCGCUCGCCACUGCCGGUCCUGUGGGCGUGUGGCUAGGCUACAUUCUCAUGUCCACCAUUGUGUACUCCAUGGCUGUUGCUCUUGGAGAAAUGGCCGCUUUGUUCCCUGUUGCAGGUGCUUUCACCCACUAUGGAGCUCGAUUCGUCGAUCCAGCCCUCGGUUUCGCUCAAGGUAUCAACUAUUGGUACUCUUACGCUAUCACUCUGCCAACCGAACUUUCCGCGGCCGCCAUUGUCAUCACCUACUGGGAUGAAGGCUUCAAGCACGUCCCAGCCGCUGGUUACGUCACCAUCAUGUUGGUUCCCGUGUGGCUCAUCAACUUGUGGGGUGCUCGAGCUUAUGGUGAAGCCGAGUUUUGGUUCUCGACCAUCAAGGUUAUCACGAUCAUUGGUCUGAUCAUUCUUGGCAUCGUUCUCAUGUGCGGAGGUGGACCGACCCACGACCCCAUUGGAUUCAGAUACUGGCGAAACCCUGGACCGUUCAACAACAUUGCGAUCGAAACGGUCACUCAGCCCAACAACCCAGGCUUUAUUCCUGGCAACUGGGGUAAAUUCCUCGCGUUCUGGAACGUUUUCGUCCAAGCCGCCUUCUCCUUCAUCGGAACUGAAAUCAUUGCCACCACGCUCGGUGAGGCUCAGAACCCCAGGCGAACCGUACCCAGAGCUAUCAAGACUGUCUUUUUCCGAUUGGCCUUGUUCUAUGUCGGGGGUAUCUUUGUCAUUUCAGUCCUGGUCCCCUACACUGACCCAAGACUUCUUUCUGGUGAUGGAAACGCCAAAGCUUCGCCUUUCGUCAUUGCCAUUGUCAACGCAAAGAUCAAGGUCUUGCCAUCGAUCGUCAAUGCCGUGCUCUUGAUCUCCGCCUGGUCAGCCGGAAACUCGGAUCUCUACGCCGCCAGUCGAACACUCUACGCUCUCUCCCUGCAAGGCCAAUUCCCCAAGGUAUUCCGAAAGUGCACCAAACGUGGUCUGCCCAUCUGGUGUGUGGCGCUCACCGGUGCCUUUGGAGGUCUCGGAUACAUGGGAACGGGCGGUACUAGUGUCGUUACGGCCUUCAAUUGGUUGUACAACCUUUCCGCCACGACCGGAGUCAUCACCUGGUGGGCUAUCCUCGUGUCCUACCUUAGAUUCUACUAUGGUCUCCGAAAGCAGGGAUACUCUAGAGAGGCUUUCCCCUACCGUGCUCCUCUGCAACCCUGGUUGUCGUGGUACGGUGUCGUGUUCUUUGCUCUCAUCCUGAUCUUCAAUGGCUUCACCGUCUUCCUCAAGGGUAACUGGAGCGUCAGCAACUUCUUCGCCGCCUAUGUCACUCUGAUGAUCUUUGCCGUGUGCUACUUUGGCUGGAAGGUCGUCAAGCGCACCAAGAUCGUGCCACUGGAGGACAUUGACUUUACCACUGGUCGACGAGAGAUUGACGAGAUGGAGGAGAGAGACGCAGAGCAAUUCGCACAGCAGGAAAAGUGGUGGCAAAAGCUCGGCGCCUACGUCUUUUAAAGCCUUCCCUCAUAUUUUGUAACGGACAGAAGAGCUGUCUCUUGAAGUUUCAUCUUGUCUUUAAGUUGGUCGUGCUCUAGACCAGAUCCGCAGUGUGUAGAGGAGACACGACAAAACCGCCAUGCAUCAUAAUGAAUAUCAA